UGGUGUGUUACAAGCAUGUGCAAAACUGAAUGAUAAAUGUUAUAGGUCAUUGCAAACAGUGGAGAAACUUGAUGGUUUGGUUAAAAAAUGAGGGACUAUGAUGAUAUCACUGAUUUUCUGGGAACAUGGGGUCCAUUCCAGCUGACUGUUUUCUUUGCAUUAGCUGCAAGUAUCCUUCCAAAUGGUUUUGUGGGCCUCUACAUAGUUUUUUUGGGUGACACGCCAUCUCACGAGUGUCUGAUUCCUGAGGAGUACAACAUCAGUGACAUGUGGAGAGAAGCUGCCAUCCCAGUGGUGAUGCAAGACGGGGUUUUAAAACGCAGUUCCUGCUCCAGAUACAAAAUGGAAACAGUGAGGAAUUUUUCCGCGCUUAACUACACCCCAAAUGUGGAGGUCAAUGUCAGCGAGAUCGAGGUCGAGUCCUGUGUGAACGGCUGGAAUUACAGUAAAGAGGUUUACGAGUCUACAACAGUGGCAGAGUGGGACCUGAUAUGUGAGAAUGAGUACAAAGGGCCUCUGACCUCAUCGAUAUAUUUCUUUGGUGUGUUGGUGGGGACCUUCCUUUCAGGACAGAUGUCUGACAGGUAUGGCAGGAGGCCUGUACUUUUUGCCAUGAUGGCUAUGCAGACAGUAACUAUCCUUAUCCAGAUGUUUUCUCCAAGCUGGGAAAUCUUCACUGCCAUCUACUUCUUUGUGGGAUUCAGUGGUUUUUCUAAUUAUGUUGUAGCAUAUUCACACAUUUCUCUUGAUCAGCAGGCUGUGAAAUUCUCAGUGUUUGGUUCUCUGGGAAUCUUCAUGGGGUCUGGAAUCGGUCAGAUGUUCUUUCCAUUAGCAGCUUAUUUCAUCCGUAGCUGGCGAUGGCUGGUGCUUACAAAUGCCCUCACUGGCCUCCUGUAUUUACCAUUGUGGUGGUUUAUUCCAGAGUCUCCUAGAUGGCUGCUCUCUCAGGGAAGAAUCGCAGAGGCUGAAGCCAUACUGAGACGCGCAGCUAAACAGAACAAGCUCACCACACCUGAAGUCAUCUUCACUGCCUCUGAGAUUGAAGAAGCAGCAAAAAUGAGGGAGAAAAAACACAAUAUUCUGGAUAUUUUGAGGAACUGUAAUGCUGUUUUAACCAUCAUGAUAUGUUCACUUCUGUGGUAUGCUCAUCACGAUAUACAACCCGUGGUGAGAAACAUGGCCAUGGGAACGUGCUCCAUGACCGCUCGCAUAGGCAGUAUAGUUUCUCCCUUCAUCAUAUACUUGGGUAACUACUAUAAAUACAUUCCUUAUAUUGUCAUUGGAAGCCUGGCAGUGUUUUCUGGCUUAAUUACAUUACUGUUGCCAGAAACUAAAGGAAAAGUUCUCCCUGAGACCAUUGUGCAGAUGCAGCGAAUAAAAGGACUGAGGAGCUCCAAAAAGCAGGAUGCAAUGAUGUGGACAGCAGACAAAAGCAGAUCAUGUAUGCGAGACAAAUCCACCUCAUGAGGAGCUUUACUGCCUUU